AUGGCUCUUCGAUGCUCUCCUGCUCCGCUGCCGGAUUCCGUGCCCUCCGAUAUGCAGAACAUGAGGCAGCUGUCCGGAGAGCAAGUGUGCCGUCUCUGCAAAGUCAUCUUUCCUUCCAGAAGGAGCAGAAGGAGGUAAUUUGUCACCAACCUCAACCUUGCUGGGAUAGAAAAAUGUGUGUGCAGAGAAAUCUCUUCUCCCGGGAGCUAAUAAAGGAGAUGGUCAGGUUUUUAACAUUCACUGAGUGGUGGGUAAAACCGAAUACGUGACAUUGCAUUUGCAUCGAUCCCUCUGUGGUGCUGUAGGGUGCACGGUAUGACGUCAUCUGCUUUGUAUUCCUCUGAUUGCAGUGGAGUCAUGACGCAGCAGCGCUGUCUCGGCUGGCGGUCGGGACGACGAACGCUCAGUAUUAACCAAUUGGUGGACAUGGAGUGGAAGUUUGGAGUUACAGCAGCCAGUAGUGAAGUGGAAAAAGCCGGUAGUAUUUUCCUGCAGUUGAAGAUGGUUAUUAGAAAAGGCAGCAAGUUGGAGCCUGUGUAUGUAGGUGAGUCCAUUUGUAGUCCAUCAAAGACCUAUACUUAUUAUUAUACAGGAUUUAUAUAUAUUAUUAUUAUUAUUAUACAGGAU